AUGUUUUACUGUGUAGAUGAGGUAACUUCUUCGACAACUAUUAAGUUGUCAGCUUAUGGAAAAAUUAUUCCAGGUCCUGGUGAAGAAUUAAUAACAAUUGGUGGGAAAUGGUUAAGAAUUUUUAGAUUAAAUCCUUAUCAAAUAAAGAAAAAAGAAAAUCAACAGGCAAAGGAUACUGAAUUAGAGCAAAUAUAUUCAUUAAAAUUAUUAGAAGAACCAAAUGGAUUGGUUAUUGUUAAUUGUCAAAGUAGUGAAGAUAAAACAAAUAUAGUUGCAAUAUCAUUUCCUGACUAUCGAGUAACAUUAAAUCAAUGGGAUACAAGAUUAAAUGAAUUAACAGCAAUUUCUCAUCAUGAUUUUGCUAUGGAUAUUUCAAUAUCAGUAAGUAAGAUAUGUCAUCGUGAAGCUCAAUUUUUGGCUGCUGAUGAUGCUGGUAAUAUGGUAAUAACUAAUUUACCUGAUAGUCAUUUGGGUAUAGUUCCGCUAGGUGUAUAUUGUCACAGAAAACAAGAAACAAUAUCAUUGAAACAUUUAAAAAUAAGAUUGAAAAAUAUUUUAGGAAUAUCAUUUACAGCUGGUUAUGUAAAACCAACAGUUUUAAUUUUAUAUGAUGCAAUGAAAACUAAUAUUGGAAGAGCCGCUUUAAUAUCAGAUACAGUUGCUUUGGUAGCUGUUUGUCUUGAUUUAGAUACUCAGGGUCAUUCUAUUAUAUGGCAUACAAAAGGUUUACCAUCAGAUUUAAAGACACUACUACCAAUACCUGAUCCAGUUGGUGGAGCUGUUCUUAUAGGAGUUAAUCAUAUACUUUAUAUGAAUCAAAAUUGUGCUCCUCAAGGAAUAUCUCUUAAUGGAUGUUCAGAUGAAUUUACAAAAUUUCCAGUUAAAGAUUUUCAUCAUUUAGAAGUUGAUUUACAAGCUCCUGUUGCAACAGUUAUUUCUUGUUCAGAAGUUUUAAUUGGUAGUUGUAAUGGAAGUCUUUAUUCUAUACAUUUAACGACUAAUGAAACAUCUUCAGUUAACAAUAUUUAUUUACUCAAAGUUUGUGGUAUACCUAGUUGUUCAGCUCUAACAAGUCUUUCUCCUGGUUAUGUUUUUGUUGGUAGUCAUGUUGGAAAUCAUUUGUUGUUAGAGUAUACAAAAGAAAAAUUUACUUUUAAAGAGGCUGAAAUUUUUGCUGAUACUUGUGAUCAAAUUGAAGAUACAGAAAUUGAUGAAGAAGUUAGAAGAGUUGAGGAAUUUCUUUUUGAAAGAGUUGUUCCAUCAUCUGAAGAUGAUAGUAGGGGUUUAAUUAGGGUUGAUGGUUUACAAAUGAGAAAAGUGGAUGAAUUAUUUAAUUAUGGUCCAAUAAGAUCAUUUAAUGUAGCUCCACCAGAGAAUAUUAGUGAAAAAUAUAAAGAUAUAGCUAACUAUCAUACUUUUGAUGUUUUUGCUAUUGUUGGACAUGAAGGAGAUAGUGGUAUUCUUCAUUUACAAAAAUCUUUUAGACCAAUUAUUUUAAGUGAACAUAUAUUUAAUAAAAAUUGCAAUUUAUUUUGCUCUAAAUUAACUGAUAAAAAUGAUUUUAAUUAUAUUGUUUCAUCUAAAGUUGGAGAAUUAACUAUUCAUAGUGUGGAGAAACAAAUGACAAAAUUAAAAAGUUUAGGUUUUGAUGAUGAAGAAGAGACAAUUUUUUUUACAACAAGUCAUAAAGGAAAAUAUUGUAUUCAAGUUACAAAAACAAAAAUAAUUAUAUCUAAAGAGGGUAAAUUAUUAUCAUCAGUUGUAUUGAAUCUUUCAUCAAAUGUUGUUUUGGUUAAAUUUGAAGAACCUCUUAUUGGUAUGGUAACAGAAAAUGGAAAUUUACAUAUUUAUCGUGUCAGAGAACAGGAUAAUUUUUUAGUUGUUAGAAGGAGAGCUUUUUCUAAUGGAUCUCAUUCAUUGUCAUCAGUAACUGCUUUUGAUAUUAUAAAAGAUAAAAGUGGUAUAUAUAAUAGAAAAUUUACUGAUUCAUUAACAAAUACACCAAUUAAAAUUAAAAGAAAUGAAAAAAAAGAAAGAGAUUUUAAUAUUGAUAAUGCUACUGAACAUGCUCUUUAUGGAGCUUCUAAAUCAAUGAUAGUUAAUAGUAAUGGUAUAUUUUGUAAUGGAUAUUUAAAUAAAAAUUAUCAAGAUGAGGAAUAUUAUAGAAAUCCAAAAAAAGCUAUUCAAACAUCAGCAAUAGAUCCUGAUAAAAUGGAAGUAACAUUUUGUGUUGCUGUUUGUUAUUUUGAUGGUAGUAUGGAAUUAUAUGCUUUACCACAAUUAAAUAUAAUAUUUAGAACAAGUGAAUUAGUUUUUUUACCUCCAAAGAUAUGGGAUAAUAGUUAUAUAAAAAAAAGAAUAAAAUAUCAAAAAGCAAGAAAUCAUAGUGAAAUUAUAGAUAUUGAAAGAGAAAAUGGUAUUCAUUAUAAAAUGUUAAUUAAAGAUAUAAUGUUUUUAUCAUGUGGUUUAAACUCGUUAGUUCAAAUAAUGAUAGUACGUGUAAAUAAUCAGAUAGGUUUUUAUGAAGCUAAACUUAUGCAUAAUGCAAGAAAUGAUAGACCAGCUUUUAUGUUUAGUAGACUUCAACAUCAUUGGGAUGUAUCUUCAAUUUGUUAUGAAAAUGCUGGUGAAGGAAUGAAAUUUGUAUGUGAUUACAAACAAACAUUUUAUUAUUUAAGAGAAUUAGGAAGAUAUAAAGAUAUUUGUAUGAUUGCUGGUGAAUAUCCUGCAUUAUUUUAUUAUGGUAAACAUGGAUCAGUACUUCAUCAUUUUAAUGUUGAAUCAUAUAUUGAUAAAUGUUUUUCUAUUAGUACUAAAACUCAUGGAAGUAUUUUAGGAUAUGUUACUGAAACUGGUAAAAAGAUAACCAAGAAAUGUACUGUACAUCAUAUGGUAUCUAUGUUAUCAAGAAAUUUAGCUAUUAUGGUAACUUCUGAAGAAAUUGAUCUUGAUAGAGUAUGGUAUUCUGUAAAUGAUGAAAAAUUUUGUGAACAUGUAAAUGUACAAAAAGGAUUUUUAUUACCAAAAGGACCUAUAUAUAAAGUUUCAUUUUAUUCUAUGAAUAAUUGGAUGGAAAUUCCAUCAACUGAAAUAACAUUUCCUGAUCAUGAAUAUGUAACAUGUUGUUCUGAAGUUAGAUUACAAAUAGAAGAAAAUCCAAGAACUGUACAAAGUUAUAUAGCUGUUGGAACAUCCUUUAAUCAAAGUGAAGAAAUUCAAUCUAGAGGAAGAAUAAUAUUAUAUGAAAUUAUUGACGUUGUUCCAGACCCUGAAAAUCCAACUUGUACAGAAAAAUUAAAAGAAGUUUAUUCUAAAGAACAUAAAAAUGGUGUAACAGCAUUAACAGGUUUAAAUGGUUUUUUGAUGUCUGGAAUGGGAACAAAAGUUUUUAUUUGGCAAUAUAGAGAUGGUGAACUUCAUGGUAUAUCAUUUUUGGAUAGAAAUGUGUAUAUAACAAGAUUGGUACCAUUUAGAGAUUUACUCAUAGUAGAAGAUAUUUGUAAUGGACUUGCUGUUAUGAGAUAUCAAAAGGAAUAUAAAGUACUUUCAGUGGUAGCUGAAGAAGCAAGAAGAUUUUUAAGGUUAUCUUUAGCAUCAGAUUUUAUUUUUAGAGAUGGUCAAAUGGCAUUUUUACAUGGUGAUAAACAAGGAAAUUUAACAUUUUAUACUUAUAAUGGUAGUGGUGGAGCAAAUAGAAAUAUUUGUGCUUUAACGGUUACCUCAGAAAUAUAUUUAUCAUCACCAAUAUCAGCAUUUUUAAAUAUUAAAUGUAAUAAUCAUGAUAAAUUUUUUAUUGAAAGAGAAGGUUAUUGUAGGCAGAGGCAGAGUGUCCUUUAUGGAACAUUAGAUGGAGACUUAGGUUUUGUUGAUACAAUAGAUGAACAACAUUACAGAAGAUUAGCUUUCCUUCAAAUAGUAUUAUCUAGGGUUAUGCCACAAGGAUGUAAAUUAAAUUUUAGAAUAUCAAGAGCAGUCGAUCCAAUACCUCAUAAAAUUCAAUCUUCAUUAAGAAAUGUUCUUGAUAUAUCAUUUAUACGACAAUUUUUCUUCCUUGAUUUUCGUGUUCAACAAAAGAUAGCUAAAAGAGUUGGAAGAAGUGUAUGGACAAUAUUAGAUGAUUUAUUAGAAAUUGAUCGCUACUUCCGCUAUCAUUAA